GGUCCUGAAGCAGAACAACACAGCGCACGACAUGCAUUUACACAUAUUCAAAUGAUUAGUAGCCUACCUAGCUUCCACAUUAUAGUACGCUCAACAGUCAGGGCGGAAAUUGCUUUCAUUUGUUUGCGCAGCUGCAUAUCUCACUUUUGUGAAACGGACUGGGCUGAAGCAGCACACUAGCAGCCAGCUCCUUUUACCGCAUCCUCACCGAAACCACUCUCCUCCGGCUGCUUCUGCGCGUUACUGCACCUUUUAGCAAAGGAGACCAAGAACUGAGAAAACGCAAAGCUAGAAGAAGGAUUUUAAUCAGGGAGACAAGGGAAGGAGGACCGGUGAGAAACAGGCGAGGUGUGGCAGCUACAACGGUCUUAGCUGCGCAGUGGUGGUGGAGGUAGAUGAUGCUCGGACGGGGAGUAUGGGUAUGUAAGCCCCGGUUUGGAAAGCGGGGGAGCAGGUUUGGUGUUUUGCCAUAUCUGUGCGCGGCAAUAGCGAGUGCAGCCCUGUUGGCUCUGCUCUUCGUGGACUUCAUCGAGUCAUGGGUCACCUCCAUGAGCAUGAACACGGUGGUGGUGGAGCCGCACGCAGGCAUCAUCCCCCCGCAGAGCGUCCCUCCCACCAGACCAGAGGAGUUCAUGCUCAUGCCCAGCCCGCUCGUGUGCCAGCGUGCCAAGCCUUAUCUCAUCACCAUGGUUACCUCGGCUCCUGCCAACCAGAGGGCACGCCAAGCCAUCAGGAACACAUGGGGAGGGGAGGUAGAGGUGAGGGGCCUGCGGGUCAUGACCCUAUUCAUGGUGGGCGUGGCGUCUAACCCUGGACUGGGUAAGCUUCUAAUAGAGGAGGCCAGAGAGAGAGGAGACCUGAUCCAGGGGCGUUUUCUGGACACCUACUCGAAUCUCACCCUAAAAACCCUGUCCUUGCUGGGCUGGGCCCGUCGGUUCUGUCCUCAGGCCCACUUCAUGGCAAAAGUGGAUGAUGACGUCCUGUUUAAUCCCAGCGCCCUCCUGCACUACCUAAACAAAAGCCGUAACCCCUACCAACAAGGAGACUUGUACCUUGGCAGGGUGCAUCUUCAUGUGGCCCCGGACCGUGAUCCGGAGAGCAAGCACUACCUCCCUUCAGGGGCCUACCCUCCUUCUGUCUUUCCGGACUACUGCAGUGGUACGGCCUAUGUUCUGUCCCGUUCUGCAUUGCUCAAGAUUUCCCUGGCAGCCUCUGCAUCCCCUUUAUCCACACCUCUGCCUCCUGAGGAUGUGUUUGUUGGUCUGUGUGCCCGGACAGCUGGAGUUCUGCCCUCACACUGCCCACUCUUCUCUGGUGGCCCAGGUGUGCCAUACGGACGCUGCUGCUAUCAGGCCAUGGUGUCCAUCCACCACAUCCCACCAAGGGAGAUGCUGCACUACUGGGCUGAUGUCCAUACAUCCCACCCCUGCUCGUGGCUGAGUCUGCGUGCUUCUCUGGGGCUCUGCAAAGUCAGGGCAAUGCUCGGGACAGCUCUGGGGCUGGAACAGGGGUUAUGAUAAGAAAACUGUAUUUAUUGGGGCUGGGCCUCGCUUCAGUACUGUGAACAGCACAAGUGCUCUUCUGGCUGUAAAAUGUCACUUUAUUUUUAUAGCUUUAUUUUUUCAAACAAUAUUGUGUAUUUAACUGGCUUUUUCUUUGCAGGAAAAAGAAUGAUCAGCUAGUUGUAUGAAGCAGUGUCACAGCUGCCAUAAGCUGUCCUUAGACUGUUAACCAUCCUUCAUUAUCACCGACACAUACUAUAGAUGUAGAAUAAACAAUGCCAAGCUGGCACCGAGGACAUACAGCUUCUUAAGUGAUUAAUGCACAAGUAUGUCUAGCACACAAGUCUGGAAUCUAUAGGAUGCUACCCUCACAUUAAUAACAACUGUUAAGUCUAUCACCAGGUACUUCAAGUGUAGAUGUUAGUCUAUUAAGAUGCCUAAAUGCAUGAUGCUUAAAUUAAUAGUACAAUAGAUAUCAAACCACAGGCUUAGGGAGAAAGUAAUACAAAAAGAAAUGU